UGAAACUGACUCGCCCAGAUAUGCAUUUCUAACGAACACAGUGACCGGAUCAGCAAUGUGAACGUGAUUUUUUUAUAAGUUGUUAUGUAUUACAUUCAAACAUUGGCUCUACUCUUAGGCUUUACUCUAAGAGUCACCUCAGCUCUCUAUGUUGAUCCAGGAUGUGUAGUUAAAUCAGAAUGGAAAUCAGAUUGGUUAUGGUCAGAUGCCCACCUCACUGCAUGGGUUCCACCUGGCCACAACUCUGCUGUUUUCACCCUGCUCAUCAGUUUGGGUGAAGAUGGUUUUCCUGUUACCUAUGACAAUAUUACCUUGACUGUCAGUGGUGUAGAAUUCUGGCCGGUCAGGUACGGGGAAGGAACUAAGGUGAAACAAGGCUUCGCAGAUCCUUUAGGGAGCGGGUGGCAAGAGUUUGGGUUCACUGCAACAUCCCGUUAUGAGCUUCAGUUCUUCAACUUGAACAAGAAUAUACCAUUGAACACAACUGUGAACUUACCUGUCAAGUCCAUAGAGCUGACAGGCAGCAAUAUCACCCUCAACUGUCCAAAAAAGAUGCUGGUGUGGGCUGUGAAGAAUAAACCAGCAGUGGUCCCCCUGGAUUGUAAAGAAGACCAUUGGUUGAGCAUCUUCUCCAGCAGUAGAGUGUCUCCCAGUCUCACACUAGGUGAGAGGAAAGUAAAACUGGGCUGGAUUAACAAUGGUCUGACAACAGUGGGUGGUUCUAACAUUCCACUUCCUGCCUUCACACAACACUACAUUACCCUGACCUGUGGAAAUACCAGUGGCAUCAUGUGUGAUAUAAAGUUCGGUGAGACAAGAACCUAUUCAGAGUCCCUUAAACAAAGUGAGUGGCCAGGAAGUGUGAUGGUUGAGGGGCGCUCGGGUGAUGAUUUUUUCCUCCUACUGCACCUCCAGGACCCCUACCCUCCCAGCCCACAACCUGCCACCAUGAACAACACUGAUGCACCAUGUGCUGUGGCUGCAGGUCCAAACACAGUAGCCAUUGCAUUAGGUGUUUUGUUAUUGUUGGUGGUGGGAGCAGGCCUAGCAUUGGGCUACUUUUGUUACUACCGGUACCUCCCUCGGAGGCUAAAGGACAAGACUUCAGCUGGAGACCUGGAGAUGCCAGAGAAAGAAUCUCUUUUGAAAUCUGGCAACAAAUAUCCAGCUACAACAGAGCCGUCACAAAAGUCUUUACUAUGGAAUGCUGUGAUGUCCAGUUGUCCCGAGAAGAUCAGCCACUUGGUUGAACAAUGUGUACCUGUGAACCGAAACACCUACAUUGAGGCUAACAUCCUGGGCUCCCAGCAAGUUGUGGAUGGUCUAGCAUCCGUGUCCCCGCCCAUCCCUAGAGAUGAAUUAAUCAACGAGGUUAUGAAGGAGUACGAGUGUCGUGUGGAUAAGAUUUUUGUUGCCGCAAUUCUUGGCCAGUACAAGUGCUAUGGUGGUGUCGAUGUUCUCCUCCGGAGCUAUCAGUUGUCCACCUUGGUGAGAGACAAAUAUGGUCGCAAUAUCAUCCAUUACGCUGCUUCUGCCAAAGGCAAGGAUGGAGAACCACUCUGGCAGGCUGUUGACGUCCGUACUCUCGUCAAGGACCAAAACUGUCUUCUCAAUGCUCGUGACUAUGAAGGUUGUACAUGUCUCCACCUGUUGGCUGAAGCAGCAAACAUUAUGGACCUGAUGAUCAUCUGGGAUGGUAAGAAAGUUACUGUUUCUGCUGCUUGGAUAAAGAUGGCCAAUAUACUCAUCUCAGCUGGUGCUGACCCACGAUUAAACAACAAUGAGGGUCAACUGCCUCAAAAAAUUGCCAAGAGGAAGGGAAAAAUUGAGCUGUCAGAAUUGUUGAUUAAGGAAUGCAAGAAACUAGGAGACAUCACCCAUAAAGAUGUAGAUGAAAAGUUUCAGAAAUUGGUGGAGGCUGUCCAUGCUAAUGACCUAGAAACCUUAAAAAAGUCACUGCAGAGCAACACCCCAUUACUGCCACUGGGGGCACAUGUAGACCCUCUGACAGAGGCUGUGAAGUAUGGUCAUCUUGAAGUUGUGUUGCUACUGCUUAGUGCCGGGUCGCCCCUCUGUGGACGCUCACUCGUCUCCAUCACUGCCCUCGAGGGAUCUCAUGGACGUCCUCGGCUCCCAGCCAUCUUCCCUGCUAUUAUGAGGAAGGAAUAUGCCAAUAAACUGGAUCAUGAAGCCAGUAAAGGUAGCCCCUUACAUGAGAAUGUGCAGAAUCUGGCUGCUGAAGUGAGAGAAAAGGGACACAAGUUUUCAUGGAAGUUCAUACAAGGUUUGGAUGGUGGAAGCGCAUCUAAGAAGGCCAGAAAACUUCUGUGUUCAGCAGCUGGCCUGGGAAUGUCUCUUACCUGCCAGAUGUUGGGGCUGGAAGGUGUCUAUCUUCAUCCUUUACCUGGAGACGAACAACCUGUAGAACUCUCACUUGAGAAGCAUCAAUAUGAGACUCUCUAUACUUUACGAAGAGACCUCAACAUGUCUUUACUUUCCAUAAUGAAGGUGGAAGAACUUCCCUCAGAACUCUCUCAAGAAGCAGAAACCUUUGAACUGAAGCAACUUAAACAGUUUAUCAGGAGGAGAGUACCUUCAUCUGUGAGUUGUCAAAACUUAAUCAAGCAGGUUGAUGACGCCUACCAUAAUAAGUUGCCUGAAUCCUUAGAUAAGAUCAUUUUGUUGGGAAUAUGCCGCCAUGGUUUAGUUUCUCUCUUUCAUAAAUUCAGAAAUAAUGUUCAUGAGGUUGAUGUUAAUACCAUUGUUGAGGAACUGACAGGAUACACAAUGCUGCACAUGGCUGCCCUCUAUGGUUGCAUUGGCUUGGUAGAUUACUUGCUCUACAAUAAAGCAAAUGUGCUUGCAAAAACCAAGGGAGAACUUACUGCACCUCACUUGGCUGCCAUCAAAGGCAAUAAAGAAUGCAUGGAGUACUUAAUUGGCUUUAAGUCUAGCAAGGGCAUAAAUAUCAACCAUCCUACAGGUGAAAUACUUGUACCAACACCUGAGCAGUUGGCUGAAGGAUACCAGUCUCAGGUUAAGGCCUUUGAUCCAGUGCUCUUGCCUGAGGAAUAUGGACUGGAGGUUCUCAGUGAACUCUGUGAUGUUGAUAAAGCUAGACUUGUGCUGGAGAAAAAGGGGCUACAAUUCAACAUAACAAACAGUGAUACUUUACUCAUGUGUGCUAUGGAUUGGAGCUCAAGAGAGGUUGGGAAGGAGAAAGUACAGCUGCAAGGCGAGAUGGAGCGCUUUUUAGGCGAGGUCAGCAAAACUGAUCAGCGAUUCAAAGGGACUAUUGUUUCUAGGUCUCGAAAAGUUGAACCAUUAAAUAAACUUCCUGUUGAUUCACUGCAGAUAUAUUGGGAAGUUGACGGUCUAGAACCUGGAAAAUGUGAGCAUGAGUGUGCUGACACAUGUACUGUCACUCUUAAAUUAAUCCCCAAACAGGAAAAGUUAGGAACCUCACAGUUUAAAGCUGACUUUGAAAGGGCAGUAAAACAAACCCUUAAAACAUAUAAAUGUGAGUUACCAACACUGUGGUUAAUUUACCCUUUUGUGACAAUGAUAGAAACUGGGGUGUCAGUGUAUUUUGCUUGGUAUCAGGAAAAAAUAACUACCCUGCUAAGAAUAGAAUUCAUACCUAUGAUAAAGGUAAAAUACCCAGAUGAUAAUCUGGAGAAGUGUCCGUCCUUUGCAAAGGAUUGCGUGGACCAGAAUGUCCCCGUCCACUUGGCCAAUAUUAGGGAUGACAUCUGGACCUACGUUCUUGUACAGAUGGAAGACAGCAUAUUCAGCCGGCUGACACAUGAACAACUCCUGGUGUUUAAGGCAUGUAAGAUGUUGAGGAAGAUGUUGUGGUCAUGCUGGUGGUUCCCUAAUCAUCAGAGUCGCCGCCAUGGCCGUACCUGGCAUGCCUAUACUCACCGUCUUCACACACUCUCAAAUAACCUCCUCAUGUCACUUUUCCUCGAAGAAAUAAGAGACUCUAAGGAAGAUGACUGGGAACCAUCCAGAUUCUUAGAGCAUGUUAUAUCCACGUUCAAGAGAGCCACGGAAAUUAAUGUCCGAGGAGAAAGAGUGCCCAGACAGAACAUUCGCUUGGUCUUAGAUCCCCAACAUACUUCAGAGAGCGCCAACUACGUCACCUUAGCAAUCAUAAACUAUCUAGAGCAACUGAGGGAGAAAUGCGAUUGAUAUAUGUCAGAACAAGAUACAAUGUUUCCCUAUUCUAACGGUGUUUUAAUAGUACGUGUGAUGACAGUUUUGUAGGAAUAUUUGAUGAACUUCUACUUGUCUUGUCUGACUCGCUGAUUAAUGAUUCAUAUUUCAAGUGAUGUUACAAAUAAUGAAGUGGUAGAGACUUGAUUAUAAUAAGGGUAAAUAAAAAAAAAAUCUUGCAUUCAGUGGAAGGCAAGUACAGUACUAUACAUGGGAUCAUAAAUAGUAUUAUAAUUAUUGAAGAUAUAAGAACUGAGUACUGUACUAUAAUGAUGGCGAGUAUAAGAGUGACUAGGUUGAUAAUGGAAUGAUUAAAGGAGCUUUGUCUAUAAUGAAAAACGAAAGUCAGUUUAUAUGGUAAUUGGAUAUAAUUACCAAUGAAGAAGACAUUUCUCUUGUUGGUUCAUUGUUACAGUAUAUUAAUUGUUUUAUUGUUUGUCUUGUAUUUAUGUGAUUCAUUCAUUUGGGAAAUAAGAUUUAUUUCUUAAAAAUCAAAUAAUUGUAGGCAGUUUCUGUUCUGUUGAUAAUCUGUUGUCAAGAUAAACAGCUACGCACGCGAUUCUCUUGUCCAUUCUAGUUAUCCUGUUUUCUAUAAAAAAAAAAUAAAUAAAUCCUCCCAGUUAGUUGUGCCUGUACUGUACACUCCCUCACUUGUACAGUGUGGACUUUGGACACUAGAUGGCAUUCAAGUGUUCUUAUCUUGCCUAAUAUAACAAAGACGAUUCAGUGCCAAGAAACAAUGUAUUAGGUGCUGAUAAAUGUCCUGGGAAUGUU